AUGUUACGUUAUAGACGAUUUCAUCAGCUUAGUAUAGUCACCGUAACAUUAAGUGUAACAAUUGGCUUUUUCUACAUUCUAGGUCCGAUUUUUCAAACAAAAGGUGUUACUUCUAUAUUUUAUUCGAAUUCAUAUAUUAAAGAAAGCGAAGAUGCCAAACAUCUGAAACUUUGGGAUGAUGAAAUCGAUAGUGAAGCACUAUUUAUCAGUUCUAUUACCACAAACAAUGAAAUUUCAUCAAAAAAUUUACAACAAAUUAAUCAAAUUGCAAUGUCAAACGCAAAAAUAAGUAUAUAUAUGUUUACUACAGCAGAAGUUAACGAAACUCUUAUGUCAAGUUAUAGAAUAAUUCACGAAGAUAAACUUCCAUUACACGGAUCUCGUUCAGAUAUAUGUAGAAUGACUCUCAAAUCAAUGAGGAAAUAUUUAUCAUCAAGUGGUGCCGAAACGCAUUUAUUAAUAUUCGAUAAUACAUGGUUAGAUAUGAAACGAAUUAAUUCAUUAUUUGAUUACUUUAAAUCUUCAAAUUCAUCGGUAAUUGCGGCUCAAGUGUGUCCACAAAAUGCAGCAAUUGCUCUCAGAAGAGAUUUUUCUCUAUAUUUAACAGAAAAUCACGAGAUGUGGAUGAGAGAAUGUGUUGAUGACGAGUCAUUGCAAAGUGUUUUAAUAAGACUUGCCAAUACUUAUAAUUUUAAAGUUUAUCAAACUCCAAUUUUCUUAGGAACAAAUGUUAAUAAUCCAGAAAAGAGAAAAUACUGCACCUCGCAUAAUUAUCCUCUUAAAACUGCGAUAUCUAUACAAUCCAGUUACUAUAUUCCCACUUUUCCGCAGACAGACCGAAUUUCAUUCACAAAAGAUGAUAAAUGUGAAGCAAAUAUAUGUGAAUCAAUAUAA